AUUUCGACGUCGGCUGCUAGGAAAAAUAGUUAGCUAAGCUUAUCUUCACAGCCGGUGGUGGGAACAGGGUCCAACGCCACACUGUAAUGCGAAAUAUUAAAAAAGCAAACACUAUUCAUGGAUUUAUUCACAUAAUUAUUCAUACAGUGUCCACAUAGUCACAUAUUAAAAUAUUAAAAGCGCCUUUACUCGAGGUUCGUUGCAUUAAAUGGAGGAGAAGAAGGAAGACGGAGACUCGGAGAUACAGGAACACGGACCCGAGCACUGGUUCUCAAAAUGGGAGCGGCAGUGUUUGGCCGAAGCGGAGCAAAGGGAGCCGAGCGAGGAGGAGGCCGACAACGAUCAGGAUAAACUGUGGCAUCUCUUCCAGAACUCCGCCACUGCUGUGGCACAAUUAUACAAAGACAGGGCAUGCCAUCAGCAGGGACUGUCGUUGUGGGUGCCAUUUCAGAACUCUGCCACAGCAGUGACCAACCUCUACAAAGAGAGCGCGGAGGCCCAUCAGAGAAGCUUUGAUCGGGGAAUCCAGAUAGGCCACCAACGCCGUAAUAAGGACAUGUUGGCCUGGGUAAAAAAGCGCCGGAGAACCAUCCGAAGGGAGGAUCUUAUCAGCUUUCUGUGCGGCAAAGCGCCACCACACAGGAGUAGCAGGGCCAACCCCCGACUGGCCAUGGUGGCUCCCAGCCGGGCGAAUUCUCCAGCCGAGACCGGCUCAUCCGUGGAAACAGACCUGCAGCCUUUUAGGGAGGCCAUAGCACUGCAUGGUUUGAGUGGCGCCAUGGCGAGCAUCAGUGUGCGCUCCGGUGCUCCGGGGUCUCCCACGCACGUGAGCGGGAGCACCAGCAACGGAGGCGCCGCCGGCGUGGGCGGCUCCUCUGGCUCGACGCCGGUGUGCCGCAGCAGGCGGAACGGGCUCCAAGACGUCGACCUGAACACUUUCAUCUCGGAAGAGAUGGCACUGCAUCUGGACUCUACAGGCUCCGCCUCUGCCGGAGGGGGAGGGGCCAGGAAACGAAACUCCACCCAGUGUAGUGACGUCAUCACAGACUCUCCUACACACAAACGCAACAGGAUGAUCUGAUCCGCUGCCUGCCUGCGUGUGUGGAGGGGUGGGAGGGGGCAUGUGGGGGGUUUGGGGGGGGGAGACGCCUUUUAAAAGCCACGGCGAGGUGAGAAUGGGACGGAUGGGCUCAUGUGGGACGGACGCGGACAUUCGGAUGUCUGGCGGUGCAACAGAAGCCGGGCUGAAAAGAGAACUGGGACUGACGAUCUCAGUGUGGUGAUUUCCAAUGUUGAACGUGUUCUAUUCCUUGUCUCCUUUCUCCUCACUACUACUAAUCACUGAUGUGCAAUCAGAACUCCUAACCUGUGUGUGUGUGUGUGUGUGUGUGUGUGUGUUUGAGAGAGACAGACAGACCACCCCCCCCCACACCCCCAACCCCCGCCCCCCCAAGACAGGAGACAAGGGAGGAAGUCCCCGGCUCUGACCCCUCCCUCGGCCCCGCCCACCCUCACCCACCACCUUAAUAAGGAAGUGAGGGCCAUGAUCAAAAGUCUCACUCAGUGAACCGAGAUGCACGCCAAAUGUUCGGACCCAACUCUCGUCGGAGACUCCACCCACCUGGUGUUUAUGUUUCUCCUCCUCCAUUGUCAUCGCCGCUCUCGGGGUCGACGGCGGCGGAGCGAACAAUGCCCAUUCGGAGCACAUCCGUGACCCCGUCGGGCCCUUUGUCUGCCGCUCGUAGCCCGGUUCCACUUCUGUGGCCCGAGGUCACGAGACUCUCUGCUUAAUUUAGUUCUUCAACCACAAGUGUUGCGACUGUUUGUUGCCUCUGUUUGCAUCAGUAGCCAACUGGAUGUUUGCAUUACUUUCCACCAUGUUUCUGUUGUCCGAGGAUAAUGGAACUGGGAAUAGAUUUUCUUUGUGUGUACAGCUUGUCAGACAGCCCUUCUUCUGACUGCCCCCCCCCAUCACCCACAAUGCCCUAACCCCCAGUCUUAUUGAGAAAGCAGCUGCUGUUUUUUUUGUUAUGUGCCCUUGUGAUUUAUUCUGAUGAGUUGCAAUUUUUGCACUUACCUUUCACCUCUAUCUCAUGCAAACAAAUCGGCUCUUCCGUCGUGUCCCAGUUGCAGCCUUCGCGUCCCGCCCAGACACCACUUGCAGGUUGCUUCUUGGAGCGUUAAGCCCUCGCCUCCGCUUCCAAAAGCGCUUCAGAAGGGGCGGGGUCGCCGCUGAGCGUUUCUGCGUGCGAGCUCCACUCGCGUGCCAAGAAUCCAAACCGUCCCCCGUCAAAUGAUUUAAUGCAUCUGAAGAUGCUUUCGAUCAGCAAAGCAUUUAUCACACGGCUGUUUACAACAGUAGCGUUUCCCAGCAGGCCCACUGAGCCGUGCACACGAGGCGCUGGAGUUCCUCCGGCUGCUCUUUGAGGGUCGCGCGCAUCAAUACGACCUGCGUGGCUUUGGUUCACCUGCCGCAGGUUGAUGCAACUCGGGGCUUGCUUCAUUCUGGAGAUGGUUGUUGCCUUCCAUCCUCCUGUAACAGAGGAGGAGACGCUGAUAUCACACACGUCUGAAAUUGAGGGUACGUUCAUCUGUUUGCGAAGUCGUAUAAAGUGGGAUUGCACAAAUUUCCUGGGACUUAAAGAAAAAUCGCUGGUGUUGAAUCUAGUUUGUGGCUGUAAAACUCAUUGUUGGAACAUGCUUUCUCUUAGCACCAGAAGCUAACAAAGUGAUUAGGAAACCUUUUUGAUUUGUCUAGUUAUCGAAAACGUACUAAAUAUUUCCAGGAUACGCUGCCAUGUUGGAGGUACAGGAAGUUAUCGGAGCGUAAACCUCCAGCUGUACCUGUAGAUAUCAAUGGAUUCCUCCUUUUGGUUGGCGUCUUCACGUCCUUUCAUGACCUGGAAAGUGGGUUUUCUUUAGUUGUAUAAAGCAUGCCAGUUUUUAACUUCUGUUACAUUUUGGUCACAGAUUUCAUUCUUGCGCAAGAAGUUGUCUUUUAUAUUCACCAGUGAACGAGGAGACGUUCAGUUGCUCCUGUCAAAGCGAAGAGUUUCGGAGUUUGUUCUCGCAUACACGUGAAACCACUGAGUUCGACUGAUGCAAAUGUAACCUUUUAUAUUGGAAAAGUGCGAUUUGAGUUGCUUCCAGCGAUCGUGUUGAUUGACUAGCAAAGGUCUAGCGACUAAUGUAACAUAGGAAGGAUCCACGUUUCUUCAGUAGGAACAUUGCCCCUCAAAAAUAGUGACACUUUUGAGUCCACCAGACCGUUUUAGACUCUGGGACUCUGCACAGUGCUCAUUGGACUACAACCGGAUGCUGGGGGGGGGGGACCCGGACCCGACGGCUCGUCCACAUGCUCUUCAUCUGUCCAGGCACUUAAACUGCUGCCGCGUGUCCAACACGCCGCAGCGUCACCGGCAGCGUCACCGGCAGCGUCACCGGCAGCGUCACCGGCAGCGUCAUCGGCGGGAACCAAACGGCGACAUUCAGACUAUCGGAGGAUCUCUUUCCAAAGAGUUGACUGAGCAGGACCGUCCCUCUGACCCCCGCUGUUCAAUCUGCUCCGCUGACCCCCUCCCCCAUUGAUUAGCCUGUUUAUAAUGGAGUUUUUUUUUUUUCUCCCUCCCCCCCGGCCUUCAUCCACGUUGUUUCAAAAGGCUGACUCAUGCCACGUGUCUCUGGAGCAACACUAUCAUCAACAGUUUCUUGAUACUUAUUUGUUUAAAAAAAUAAUAAAUGGCUAAUCUAUAUACUUAACAUUUAAUUGUUGGUAUGAUAUAUGUGGUUCACAUUGUAAAAUAAAUAAAACCAUUGAGUUGAAAUUGA